CUUUGCGGUUUGGCACAUCCUAACAACACAAUAAUAGACCAGACAUGGCAAAGGUCCAGACGCUUGCAUACGUGGAUAUUCAGCACGACGCCCCCGCCGUGUUCGACGAUGUCGAGCAGGGUGUCGUCCUGAGGGAAGACUUCUGGGUGUCGGGGUACAAGAGUGGGACCACCUCUGUUCACGGCAAAGUCCGCGUUGAGGCUGCCGACGGCGGAGGUGUGGACAUUGAGCCGCGCGAUGGCGUGCGGAUCGAGCGCUUGUCCAAGGUGAGCAGCUUUAUGGAGAGCGCCGAGCUGACCACCCAGUCCAACUUUGUCAUCUCAGUACCUUCCCUCGGCAUCAACUCCCUCUCCGUUCGCUUCCCUAGACAGGUGAUCAACCCACCAUACACCAAGAAGACCAACGUUUCACCUGAACUGCAUAUCUCCAGCAUUGAUUACUCGGACAAGUCGGAGCAGCUUGUCAUUGGCGGAACGGACGGCUACUGCGUCGUCGUGUCCCCUUCUGAUACCAAGAACGUCGUUGAGCUCAAGGGACAUGUCGGAGACGUGCAGCACGUUCAGUGGUUCCCUAGCGGCGAGGUGGUUCUCACAGCUUCGUCUGAUCUGUCGGUCCGCGUCUUCUCAUCCAAGACCGGCGCCAACCCACGCACGCUCAAGGGCCACACGCGAGCGGUUACUGCCACAGCCAUUCUCGGGGUCGGCCGCCAGGUGCUCUCUGCCAGCAAGGACGGGACGGUGCGCCUGUGGACCGUGGGAGAAGCGAAGGAGGCGAAGAAGUGGCGUGUUGACGCUGGGCGCGCUGUGGACGGGCUCGUUGUCGUUGGCGAUGAGGCCGGACUGCAAGCUCUAGACGUGAUUGCCGAGGACGAGCAGGUCAUUCUGGCCGCUACGCCCGACGGCUCUAUCUCGGCGUUUACGCUGUCCUCGUCUUCCCUCACUGUACCCAUUUUCGUCUCCCCACCACCCGUGCCCUCAAACCUCAUUGCCAUUGCGUACUCGCCCUCCACCGGCCUCAUUGCCACGGGCCACGCCAACGGAAUCACUGCGAUCCGUCAUCUGUCCGCCCUGCGCCCAGUGGAGGAAGGUCAUGAAGCGCCUCUCCCCACACUGAUCAAGCGCAACGAAGCGCCCAUUUACAGUCUGGCUUUCGUCGACCGCGACGGACGACUAGAUCUCCUCGUCGGCACUGGCUCUGGGCUGCCAUCACGCCUUGCGCUCGACAUUGAUGCCAACGGCACCAUCACUGCGUCCACAAAGGAGGAGUACGCCGGGUGGGAGGCGGUCAGCGUCGAGUCUUGGGCGGUGGGCGCGGAUUCUGUAUUCUGCGCUGGCGGUGAGGGCGGCGUCAGGAGAUAUUAGGGUAGUCAUCAGCGAGCAGAUGUCAGCAGACGCUGUCCGCCCACUCUGUGGAUCUAAGUCAUAGCAUGC